UUAAGUCAUGAGAGAGAGAACAGUAGGUGGGAAUGAGAUUCUGAUCUGAUUCAUAAAAAAGAAAAAGAAAUGAAGGUUUGGUAAAGGAAGGAAAAACGAUCCAAUAUGAUCCCCUUUUUAGGAAUUUGCUCAAGGUCCAUUUGUCCGCUUUGAGUUUGUGGAUUCCAUUCUGUUCACUUCUUUUUAUUUUAUUUUUAUUUUCUUUUGUUAAAGUUUCAUUUGUUGUUUUCUGUCAAUAAAACCUCAAAAGAAAGCACAAACAAACAAUUCCUUUCAUUCUCGUCUUGUAUUUCUUUUUUCCAAUUGGCACUGCGAGUCAAGUCCAUUUCACUCUGCAACACUACCACAAUUCUGGGUAUUAUCUCCUCACAUUUUGUAUCCGUCCAAUCUUUCACACUCACAAAAUUUUCAGUGUCUCCAACCUCCCGAAAUAAUUUGCAUCCUUCUAAUAUUCAUGGAUCUGACUGCCCAUUAACCUAGACUGAAGUUUCUGGAGAAAGAAUCAUUUCAUACAUUUAAUUUACAGAGAAAAAUGUCAUCAGCAGAAAAGCCCAGCUCGAAAGGGCAAGCAUGGUUAUAAUAAUAGCUUCCUCUCUUUGAAGUUCUGCACAACUGGAUUGCCAAGUGACAUUGUGGUGGAAGUGGAUGACAUGACCUUCCAUCUCCACAAGUUUCCUCUGAUGUCAAAAAGCCAAAAGCUCCACCACCUGAUAACCCAGCAAGAGGCAGCAUCUCAUUCCACUGUCCCACAGCAGCCACAGCAACAAGAACAAAUCGAAGACGAAGACGAAAUCGUGGAGGUGCACUGUCACGUGACGUUCACGGGAUUCCCCGGAGGCUCCGAGGCGUUUGAGAUGGCGGCCAAAUUCUGUUAUGGCGUCAAGAUCGACCUGUCUCCUUCCAAUGUGGCGGCUCUCCGCUGCGCCGGGGAGUUUCUCGAGAUGACCGAAGACUACUCCGAAGACAACCUCGUCUCCAAGACGGAGAGGUUCCUCUCACAGCACGUGCUCAAGAGCCUCAAGGACUCCAUCAAAACGCUAAAAUCCUGCGACCAUUUGAUGCCUAUGGCGGAGACUCUCGGAAUCACGCAGAGGUGCAUCGAUUCUGUAGUUGCCAGAGCUUCCUCCGCGGAUCCCGCAUUGUUUGGCUGGCCGGUCAGCGACGCUACUUCGGCGUCCAAACAGGUCCUCUGGAACGGGAUUGACGCCACUGGAAGAAGAAAGGCCGGUGCCGGCUCCGGAGACUCCUGGUUUGAAGAUCUAGCGCUUCUGCGUUUGCCUCUGUUCAAGCGAUUGAUUCUUGCGAUGAGAGGCGCGGAGCUCAGUCCUGAGAUUAUCGAGACUUGCGUGAUGUAUUAUGCUAAAAAGUACAUUCCUGGAGUUUCGAGAUCGAAUCGGAAGCCGUUGCCGUCGUCAUCCGUUGCGUUGGAGGCGGAGCAGAAGGAGCUUCUGGAGACCGUGGUUUCGAACCUUCCAUUGGAGAAGAGUUCGAAAUCAGCGACGGCGACGAGGUUUCUUUUCGGACUGUUGCGAACAGCGAACAUACUGAAUGCUUCCGAAGCCUGCAGAGACGCGUUGGAGAAGAAGAUAGGGUUGCAACUCGAAGAAGCCACGCUCGACGACCUUCUCGUGCCGAGUUAUUCGUACUUGAACGAAACACUAUACGACGUGGAUUGCGUGGAGAGGAUUUUGAGUCACUUUCUGGAUGGUUUAGAAGCGAGAAACGCCGUGGCCACGGAAGGAGGUGACGCCUCAGCGAGGUCGCCAGCGUUGAUGCUCGUCGGGAAACUCAUCGACGGGUACCUCUCCGAGAUAGCUUCCGACGCGAAUCUUAAGCCGGAGAAAUUCUACAGUUUCGCUAUCUCCCUUCCCGAUGAGGCCAGACUCUUCGACGACGGUCUCUACCGCGCCGUCGACGUGUAUCUCAAGGCACAUCCAUGGGUUUCGGAAGCGGAAAGAGACAAGAUUUGCGGAUUGUUGGACUGUCAGAAGCUGACGCUAGAGGCGUGCACACACGCGGCGCAAAACGAGAGGCUUCCGCUGCGCGCGGUGGUGCAAGUACUUUUCUUCGAGCAGCUUCAGCUGCGACACGCAAUCGCCGGAACGCUGAUGGCGGCGGAGGCGGCCGCGGAACCGGCGCGUCAAUCGGCGACGCUGGAACGAGAGGCGGAAGAGGGCGGAGAGGGCUUAGCGUUAGAGCACGUGCAGGAAGGGAGUAGCACGUGGCGUGUGGCGGUGAGGGAGAAUCAGGUGCUGCGCUUGGACAUGGAUAGCAUGAGGACGCGCGUGCAUCAACUGGAACGCGAGUGUUCAUCGAUGAAGAGAGUGAUCUCGAAGUUUGACAAGGCUGGCUCCCACGGCAGCGGGGGCGGCGGUUGGAGGGCGUCACUGGGGCGGAAGUUCGGUUGCAAGUUUAAAACUCAGGUUUGUGAUUCGCAUGAGUCAACGGCUGUUGAUACCCGCAAGGGACGCCAUCAGCAACAGCCGCAGCAUCAUCCUCAUCAUGAAUAGCCACCAUGCUAUUCUUCCUCCAGUCACGUGAGAGUCAUUAUUGGAGUAAAUUUGAUACGGGUCCCACUUGUAAUUGUUCAUUUUUUCUUUAAUUUUAAUUGAUUAAUAUAAUAAUUUUUCUUUAUCAUAUACUUCAAUUUUUCUUGGGAUAUGAAAUUGAGAUGAUUUUAUUUUUAGAAAAUAUUAUUCAAUUUAUUAAAAUUUAAAAGUGAAUACAUUUUAUUUUAACCUUAUUAUU